AUGGCUUCCAAUCUUCAUCCUUCAUUCCAGUUCAAGCUGAACAAACUUCAUAACACAGCAAGUUCCUUAAGCUUUUUAGGAUCAAAACAACAACUUAACAAUCUUUAUCACUCUGUUUUCUUCACAAAACCCAAGUCAGAUUUUUCACCUCUUCAAUGUUCACUAUCUUCUCCUACUCCACCUACAACCAAAGAAGAUGCCAUUUCUCAAGCAAAAUUCUCUCUUUCAACUACUUUAGAGAAACCCCUUAACAAUCCCAAACUCAUUGGGAAAAUCAAGAAACUCAAACAACCAAGAUUUCGUGUCGAAAUUCCAGUUGUUGAUGACUCCCCAUCUGCAUUAGCCCAACUUGCUUUUGACAUUUUUGGAGAAAUGCCCAUCAAAAGAAAAUCCCCAAAAAUUAAGAUUCUACUUUUAUGGCCUAACCAAACCUUAACCCAAGCUGCACAAACAGAAUUUGAGAAGAAGAAAUCUUCCAACCCCAUUAUUGAAAAUUUAGAUAUUUCAUCAAGAAUUGAAAUUUCUGCUGAUGUGGUAGUGUUUAUGGCUCCAGAGGCUUCAAGAUUGACUGCAAUGAAGGAGAUUUCUGAUACAUUGUACCCAAAGCCUGUGGUGAUUUUUAAUCCUAAAUGGGGUUUUGAUGAAGAGAGUAGUUUUGGUGAGAUGAGUGGAUUUGUUGGUUCAUUUGAGGUUGUGUAUUCAUUUAUGGGAUUGGAGGUUAGAGGGAUAUUGAGUAAUAGAAAAGGGGUGAUGUUUAAAUGUGUUAAAGAUGGUGUUUUGAGUGGUGAGAAAUGGUACGUGUUCGUCGAAGAAGAUGGAGAGUUGAAAGUGGUUUCAAGGUUUAAAACAAGGCCAUCAAUUGUUGAAGUUGAGAAUGUUUUGUAUAACUUGAUGGCCGUGAAUUCGCCAAUCACGAAAUCAGCUAAGUUCUUGAAGGAUUUGGUGUCAAAUGUUAGGGGAAAAAAGUAAAGCACAAACAAUUCAAGGUAUUACAACUCACAUCAUUUCAACUUUAGGAUAGCUAUCCUUAGCAAUGAUAUUAUUGUUUUUUCGAGAUUUUGUUCUUCCUAGAACCGUUACAGUAUCUUCCUGUAUGACGUCCAUGUACUAGCUUUGCCAGGUUUUGGAACGAACAAGAAACUAUUGGCUUCAUGAACUAAUUAAGCAUCAACAUAUGUACUGUUAUUGCUAGGAGGUGAAAGAUGUGUAUGUGCUCUCUCAUUUAGCCAAAAUAUGGUGAUUUCAUUCCCUUUUUUGAA